AUUUACGUUACUCUACGCCUCAUUUGCAGCCUAUCGUGACCGUGUUUUGUGUGUUUGAGCAACCUGCACGAUCAUUUCGGUGGCAAACUCGCGUUGCCUGGUUACAGAGAGAGCUAACGUUAGCUACUGUUCAUGAUGCAAUGAUGGCGCUAACGUUGGAUUCAGCUAACUCUUCUUCGAGUUUCGAUUAGUAACUAACACAUAGUCAGUCGCUCUGGUGUAGCGGACAGAGCCUCCCCUCAGUGGCAGUGUUUUUACAUGUUAGCCACAGCAACUAACUUCAGUCUUUGCUUUCCUCUCCAUGUGUGCUGCUGUAGUGCUAACCUCGCCCCAGAAUGAGGCAUGGAGGAUCACAAUACAACCAAAGUGGUUCUUCUGUGCUGCGGGUCCUUCAACCCCAUCACCAACAUGCACCUGAGGAUGUUUGAACUGGCCCGAGAUCAUCUAGAGGAAACAGGCCAGUACAGGGUGGUGAGAGGCAUCAUCUCUCCGGUGGGUGAUGCCUACAAGAAGAAAGGACUGAUUGAGGCCUGCCACCGUCUGGAGAUGGCUCGAUUGGCCACAGAGUACUCAGACUGGAUCACAGUAGAUUCCUGGGAGAGCUUUCAGUCAGAGUGGCUGGAGACGGCAAAAGUUGUUCGGCAUCAUUAUGAGGACCUUCUUGCAGCCGAGGAGAACAACGAUGAUGUGGACACUGUCAAGUACGCAAAAAAGAGACGUAUAGAAGAGAAUAACUUUGAGGGUUCAUCUCAACACAAAAGGAAAGACCUCCCUCAGCUGAUGUUGCUAUGUGGGGCCGAUGUGCUGGAGUCCUUUGGGAUCCCCAAUAUGUGGAAGCAGGAAGACAUUGCUGAGAUCGUGGGCCGCUUUGGUUUGGUCUGCAUCACCCGCAGCGGCAACGACCCCCACAAGUUCAUCCACCAGUCAGACAUGCUGUGGAAGUAUCGCAAGAACAUCCACGUGGUCCGCGAGUGGGUGACCAAUGAGAUCUCGGCCACUCACGUGCGGCGGGCGCUGCGCCGCGGUCGGAGCGUCAGGUACCUGCUGCCGGAGAGCGUGGUUCUCUACAUACAAGAGCACGACCUCUACAGUGCUGAGAGCGAGCAGAAAAAUGCAGACGUGGUGUUGGCGCCCCUUCAGAGAUACACGGGCGCUUCCUCGAGCUGAGGGACGUUGCUGCUGCAGCGGCAAAAAACGGAGCUGUUGACACUAAGUGCUGUGGGUUUACUGUGAAUUCAAAACAAAUUAGACAGUUUAUUUAAGCUUCUGCCAGUGCCUACUUUACAGAAGAGUCUUUUUAGUCAUUGGCGUGUGUGUUUUUAAGGAGAUAAACCUGCACAGGCAUUUUUUAAGUGAAGUAAUUUUAGAGAUUGUUUUACUAAGUGUGUGUGUGUGUGUGUGUGUGCGCGCAACACGCCAUAGUCAGAAAACAAAAUAACUACGCAGCAGUUCACCAGCCUGGAGGUCAUCUAGAUGAAAUAAAUGUGGCAACUAGGGAUUUACAGUUGUGUGUGAGGUAGCCAGUGUGGUAUCGCUUGAAACGUGAUCAGGGACAAAUUGUCUUUCUUAGCUUUACCACCACUUUACCCCACUUGCUUCAGUAAACUCCUCUCAUCUCAUCACACAUCUUGUACCCAUAGCUCCCACACACUCCCUCUGGCAAUAUGCUUUGAAACAUGUUUACUUGGUGUUGCAGAUUUGAUACUCAAAGUGUGAGUUGUAUUCACUGGAAACAAAAUAAACAAACCUCUUUGUUUCCCG